AUGGUCGUACGCAUACGUCUUGCCCGCUUCGGGCGCGUCAACCAGCCCUUCUACAACAUUGUCGUCUCGCAAGCCAGAACCGCCCGCAACAGCAAGCCCAUCGAGGUCAUCGGCACCUACGACCCAGUCCCCAAGCAAGACCCCUACGACGCCACGACCAAGCUGCACAAGGACAUCCGCCUCGACUCUCUCCGCGCUCGGUACUGGAUCGGUGUCGGGGCGCAGCCGACCGACACCGUGUGGAGGUUACUGUCAAUGGUCGGGAUCCUUGAGCCGAAAUACAAACCAAACGGGGCCGCCAACACGGAAACAGCAGCAAAAUCUCUUAGGGCCCCUCCCGCAACUAAGACAUAA